GUGCAACUAUCGCCAUUGUAUUAUUAUUGCUUCUCUUAUAGAGAGGAAAUAGGACUCCACGUCCAGGAAAUUUUCAAAUUUAUUACCUGGACUUCUCCUAUAUGUAUAUUAUUACUUAGAGUCGCGGGGGUUUCCUUUAUACCCCUAGUUGAAUUUCUCGACCCUCGGCCCUCGACCCUCGACCUGCGACCCUCGACCUGCGACCUGCGACAUCCCACCAUCCCACCAUAUCAAAAGGAAUUAUGUUGUCCAGCGCCAUCCUUUCUGCCGCCCGAGGCUCGCCCUCGACCCUCUGUCGAAGAUGUCUUAUCAAGUCUCUAACUGUGAGGCGGCAACAGACAAGAACAGUGGCUACUACCUUCUUACAAAAACAAGAAGAGGCUAGGCAAAUUUGGGAGAAGAAUGCAGAGUUGAUAAAAGAGGGCAAGUUGCCGCAUCUUUGGGAUAUCUUUAAGGAGCGCGGAUUCGUUAAAGACAUCGCCGGAACCGACGAACAAAUCAGAGAGCUCAUGAGGGUAAAAAGGAUAGGCGCCUAUGUCGGGAUCGACCCUACUGCGCCCUCUCUCCACGUCGGUCACCUACUCCCUCUAAUGGCUCUUUUCUGGAUGUAUAUACACGGCUUUCGAGCUGUUACCGUAGUUGGAGGCGCCACAGUCAAAAUCGGCGAUCCUACCGGUCGGUUAAAGAGCCGCACCCCUCUUUCCAGAGCUGAUAUAACUAUGAAUAUCACCAAGAUCCAUUACCAGUUGAAACGCAUGUGGGUUAACGUCGAGGAGCAAGGGGAGCGCUUCGGUUAUAAAAAACAACCCAGGGUAUGGAGUCGAGCACUAGUAAAUAACAGCAUGUGGUACAACACCCUUUCUUUUAUCGAGGUCGUAGCCCGACUAUUUAAGGGAAUGCGACUAGGGCCUAUGCUGUCGCGCGACACUGUCAAGCGCAAAAUGGAAAUGGGAGACGGUAUGUCGCUGGAUGAGUUCGUAUACCCCUUGAUGCAAGGUUGGGAUUGGUGGUAUUUAUUCAGCAAGCGAGGUGUUCAGAUGCAAAUAGGCGGGUCUGAUCAAUACGGGAAUAUCGUCUCCGGUAUUGACUGCGUUAAACGCAUUCGAGAUAGCGAGCCGAACGAGAGUGAGAAAAUCCCUUCUGAUUUUCUCCAUUCCGUCGUCGGCUUUACUGUUCCCCUCCUUACCGAUCCUUCCGGCGUCAAGUUCGGAAAGAGCGCCGGCAACGCCGUCUGGCUCGACCCAUUCAUGACAAGCACUUUCGACCUAUAUGGGUACUUCAUGCGACGCCCUGAUAAAGACGUUGAGAGCCUACUGAAGCUAUUUACCUUUCUUCCGCUUGAAGAUAUCAGUAAGGCCAUGGAGAAGCACAGGGAAGACCCUUCCAAACGUCAUGCCCAACAUGUUCUCGCGCACGAAGUAGUUGCGCUCAUUUACGGAAUAAAAGAGGCUACAGAGGUACAGGCUCAGCACAAGGGACUGUUUGCUAAGCCAGUCGCUAAGGAGUUAGAGUCAUACCCGACGACCGCAACCCCUACCGUUAAUUUGGCUGCGAAUUUCCGAGUCGAUGUAAAACUUCCCCAAUCAUUGAUACUGGGGAAGUCGAUAAGCCGCAUAUUAUUUGCCGCUGGCCUCGCUGACAGCGUCACUGAUGGCAAUCGUCUAACGCAGCACCAGGGUGCCUACAUCGGUGCUGCCCCUGGUCAAGCUGCGGCUAUUAACAAAGGCAUGGAUUACGGCGAGCUAACCUACACGCCGAUUAAAAACUGGUUCCCCCAGUUAACCAAGAACUUCCUUAUCGAGGGGAAACUCCUGAUCCUACGCCGAGGGAAACACUUCAUCCGAGUAGUUGAGAUGGUCAGCGACGAGGAAUGGGCAGCUAGCGGCUUGAUGUACCCAGGCGAACCAGGCACGGGCCGGGUGAGACUGUUGAAAGAAGCAUUGACGCGGGCCGCCCAAGAUAAAAACCUCACCCUAAACGACCCCGAGACGAGGAAGAAGCUCUUAGACGGAGCGGAAAGCCUGUACGCGGCCAAGGGAAGCGAACUCGAACAAUUCCUACCUGAGCAGCUCCAGCUCAACAGCAACCGCGCGAGGGAAAUCCUCAAACAGUCGAUGAAGUAUAUCCCCAGCGACGGGCCCAAGGGUGUCAAGAUGAAGACGGCGAUAAUCGACGAGGUGCUGGAGAAGGCCCGAGAGGAACUGGAACGCCGCGAUCGUGCGGAGGUUAUCAAAGCUCAGGAGGCGCAGGAGAAAGCUAUGCAGGAGGAGAAGAAGAAGAAAAAGAAGGCAGAGGAAAACAAGAAGAAACCCGACCCUCCGUUCAUAUCGCGCCACAUAGUUUAGGGUAAUUGUAGAUCUAGAGUAAAAUGAGAAUAGAUUCACCUCAAAACACCGGUUGU